AUGACUACCGCUGAUGAAGACUGGGCGGCUGAAGUUGAUGAGCAAGAGCGGCAAAUCUCUGGAGAAGUAAGUUACUGUCGCCGCGGUUAGAAUUCCAUAACGCUUCAUUCUUUGAAACACGUGCGAUUGAUUUCGCAUGUACGUUUCGGCGUCCUCUGCUUGUAACUGUUGAAAAUAGUUUUGAAGCUUUAGCUUGAUGAAUUAAUGAAUUUUCAUUUAGUAGCUCGUGUGUUAUCUUAACCAAUUUUGGUUGUAUAAUUUAUAAAAACCCAUCAAACCGUUGAAUGAUGGCUUCAUUUUGAUGCAGAGUUUUAAGUUGACAUGUCGAUCCGGGGAAAAAAGAAGAGUGUAUUGAUAUUACACCUUCAUAUUCACUUUCAUUUCGUAGGAAAUGUACUUGUUUUUAGACUUUUCUUCCCUUGUGGUAGUGAAUAAAAUCAAUGAUACUGCAAGAUAUUUUGGACAAGCCUCCUUGUUCAGGAACUCAUAUGCAGCUUUUUAACCACAGAGAUGGCCAAGAAAAACGAUCAUUUUUUUUUUCACGGGUUUUGGUAUUAAAGGCCUAGUCAUUGCAAGCAUGCCCUUUCUCUUCCUUCUGAUCGUGGGCAUUUUCAUAAAUUAAAUAUUCUGGCUCCCCCAAGGAUUUUCACUUGUGUUAAAUUAUGUUUUAAAUGUCAAAUUUUUCAUCAUUCACUACAUCUUAGGGGCUUUCCACGCUUGGUGCUUGAGAACCAGUGCCUCGGUACUGGCACGAAGUGGUGUUGUGUUCACACUUGAAAUACCUGAUAUGUGACUGUAUACAUAGUUACUCCUUUUCGCCUUGUCAGACUCCAUUUUGAAACAUGAGCUUAGUAGUGACAACAAAGCAGUGUACUGCCUGGAACUUACAAAAAUUGUGUGCUGAUAGGGACCCAGUGCCUACUUUUGUGCCCAAGAACAAGGUCGAGACCUUGUACUUGGGCACCAGCACUGUGCCCGAAUUCUAGAGUGGGUACUUGAAAAAUGGUGCAUUCAUAUUAGUGCCCAGUGAGUAUUGUAUUUGGGCACCAAGUGUAAACGCUCUGUUAUAUAAUGUCUAAUGAUAGGAACAAUAAGCAAGAGAUCUAGUGAUCAUUAAGAGUAGUAUUGUCAGGAGAUUUACCUGAGAAAAAAGCCAAAAAUUCAAUGACAUUUUGUGAUGCCAUCACUGGUUUUCCCAGGAAAUGACCCGCUGAGGAGCAAGGGCAGAAACUCUAGACUGAUGGCGUUUCACUAACCAGAUUUGUGUAGUGAUUCUGAUUGGUUAAUGCAAAUUUUCCUUGCAGCACAACAAAUCUGAAGCAUUGCCCAUAUCUGGGUAGCGACACAUCAUCAGUAUGGAAUUUCUGCACUCAUUCCCCACAUGGAAAACAGUGAUGGUGGCCCAAAAUGUUGGCUUUUUUCUCAGGCUACUACUGACACCCUUUUUGACUUUCAUAUUUUUAUUCACUAUUUGCAGGUUGAUAAGUUGAAAUUAAGUAACACAAGUACCACUAAACCAACUGAGGAAAAGCAAGCUAAUACAGAAGAAGAGGAUAAUGGUACAAAAAAAAUGCAAGCUCAUUGCUCAGUGACAUAUUUUGUAAUAAUAUUAUUAUUCAUACUAAUCAUAGCUAUCAGCUGUCCUGAUUGGCUAUCAACUGUCCUGAUUUCAGCACUAAUAGGACAGUGUAAUAGGACAGUACGCGUUAUGCCUAAGUAAUUUGACAGUACGUGCCAUCGGCCGCACGCACUUAAGUGGCUUUUUUUUAACUUCUAGAAAAAGCUAUCGUAAUUCCUUGUGUUUUAAUUUUAAAAAAAGACCAAAUCUCACAAACUUUGUUAUACUUAUGAUUAAUUAGUUACAGAACUUUGUGUCAUCCAAUGUGGUCUGUAAUCAUACUCGUGAUUAAACAAAUCGGACUCCCGCAAUGCAGUCGUCCAAUUUUGUUUAUCACUUGUAUGAUUACGGACCGAAUUGGAUUCCACUCAGUCCUUAGUACCAUUAUUUAUACUUUUAUCAAUACUAAAACCCCAUACCGGCAUUGUCUUUCUUCCACAGAGCAGACUAAGGCUACAGACCUUGCAGAUGCUUCUUUUUUGAUGAAAGUGUUAAGAAGUAAACUUGUUAAGACCAAGAAUGAGGUUGAAGUACAGACAAAUGACCCAAGUUCACCCUUGUACUCUGUCAAGUCAUUUGAGGAAUUACCACUGUAAGUACUGACCACCAUUCUAUUUCUUUUCCUCCUGACAUGAAAGGAUUUUGAAUUUCAAAGGUUUAUCAGUGACUAUUGCCAGUGACUAUUAUGAUUAUCAUAAAAUAAUAUAAUCUGUGUUUAUUUUUUAUCAGGUCAGAACAACUCCGUCGUGGUGUCUAUGAUAUGGGUUUUAACAAACCAUCCAAGAUUCAGGAAACAGCACUACCCAUGCUCUUAGCUGAUCCGUGAGUUGCAUGUACUGCAUGUUUAAUCCCUUGAAUUAAUUUUAUAAUAGUGUCCACAGUCUUCACAUAAUCAACACUGCUGAACUAGUAAAACCAUAUAACCAGAAUAAUUUAAUCUGAAAUAUUAUUAUAAUACAGUGUGCCCAUAUUAAGCGAGAUAAAACAUUAAUCAUGAAUAAAUUUCUUUUCUCCGUGGGUACUUACCUCGACUCUCCUCUUUAUGCUCCAUUACUCAUAAGGCCUCUGACUUGUCCUUGAAAAGUGUUUCUGGUAUCAUUAAUAUUUUUUUAUGGGAAUGAGACAUUAACUCACUCCUCAACCCCCAACCUGGUGGGGCCAGGCAUUGCAAUUUUAUUCAUCUCGUCCCAGUUGUUUAAAAGGUAGAUAACACUAUCCACUGGAUAGCACAAUUUUAUUGGUUUGCUUAACAUGUAUCAACCUGGAUAGUGAUUUAUCCGAUGGAUAGUGCUAUCCAACUUUUACACAACUGGGGCCUGGCCUUUCACCCCAAACCUGCCCAACACAGUUGAACCCACCAAAAUGUGAGGUCCCAACCACGAACACGAACCUUCCCUCCAUGUUAUGAAGGCUAAACAUGUUUGGGAGGUGUCUUGGUGGGUGUCAAGUGGCAGUUGGAUAAAUGUUUGCUUUUUUGUUUGAUGUUAGACCGAACAAUAUGAUAGCUCAAUCACAGUCUGGAACAGGAAAAACUGCAGCAUUUGUUUUGUCCAUGCUUAGCAGAGUAGAUGCAACAAAAAACUACCCUCAGGUAUUAUUUUGUUUUACUUCUUGUAUGUUCCUUCCUCCUGCACAACUUGUAAAAAAAAAGAAAAAAGAUUCGUUGAGGUACUUGCAAAGUGUGAAACUGUAAAAUAAGGUGUAAGCUUUAUGGCAUCAUUUUUGUGUCUCGCUUGUUUCACCCAACAGACGAAGAAAAAAAAGAAACUGCUUUUGGUCUACUGCCAAUAAUUGGUGUAAUUUGAAUGGUGAUUAGUCACACUGUACGAUUUUGUCUUAAGACUCAAAAGUAGAAACCACUUAAAAAUUCAAUCUUCCUCUCUAGUAGUGAAAGAGUUACAUCAGGAACAAACUUGAAGUGUUAGAUGAUGAAUUUGUUCACAUAAAGCUGAAUUGUUGGAAUGAACUGAUUUGUUGUACUUUUAUCAAGGUUAUCUGUAUUUCACCUACAUAUGAGCUUGCACUACAAACAGGACAAGUGGCAGAAAAGAUGGGCAAAUUCUGCCCUGAAGUCAAGAUUGGUUAUGCAGUGAGGGGGGAGAGAGGUGAGAAACUGGAGCCAAGAAAAAUAAUUAUGCGCAAGAGGGGUGUAAAUUUUGGAUUUUUUGUCUUACUUAGUAAGACAAAAAGUAAAAUGCCAAUAUUUUUAGCCUCUUAGGCUUAGGUCUUAUUUGGGGCUGUGGUCAAAAAAAGCUUGAGCUUUUCCUCAAUAAUGAGGAGGCCAAGGAGACCAAUUAUUGGUCUCCUUAAGGGGUUUGAUUCAAUGCUUGGUAUAAGCAUCAUUUUCUGUUUUAUUUUUAGUUUAAGAGUUCACUUGUCCACUUAUCCCCAGGCGAGCGGGGCGGGGGGGUGGGUGAGGGGUGCAUUUAGCAGCUUGCAAAGAAAGUAAUCAAAGAUAGCCCUGGGCUAUAAGUGGAGUUUGCUAUCUGGCUUGUAAAUGCUAGUCUUGACUUGUUCCAUGAGCAAGUAAAGUUUUAUGGGGAUUUGAUAAAAAUUUAUUACAGAGAAUUUUUUCCGUGCUAGUUGAAAUGACUUUGGGGCUAGCUACAGCUUACAUAAAUGGCAGGCUGUAAAGCCCGCUUUCUUUGCACCCUGGGUAAGGCCUAUAAAUAUGGCUUACCAUUGUUUUCAUUUUGUCGCUGAAGAAAAUGAUUAUUGUAUAUUCCAUAAACAGCCCUUUAAUGUUCUUAAUCGCCUCUCCUUCUCCUUUCUACAGUGUCAAGAGGUCAGAAAGUCACAGAUCACAUAAUUUUUGGUACACCCGGAACUCUGCUAGACUGGAUUCUGCGUAACCGAGUGCUGGACCCGAAAAAAAUAAAGAUGUUUGUGUUAGAUGAGGCUGAUGUCAUGAUAGCGUUACAGGGACACCAGGAUCAAUCCAUUAGAAUAUACAGGUAAGGCUUCUUCCCUUUUGUCACACUUACGGAUCAAACUGGCAAAAAAUCUCUGAUAUGUCCUUUUGAUGAGAUUAUAAAUAAUCAUAGUUUCUGGGAGAUUUGCUGCUGGCCAGCAGAUGAUCACCUUGGGCAUAUGCAUUUGUCUCAUUUCCACAGAGGUUUGCCCUCUGGUUUGCUUUGAAUAGCUUUACCGCUCUUUUCCCUUUUGUUUGCUUCCUUCCAACCACCCACCUCUUUGUUCCUUGGAAGGAACUCCAUUCGGUUAAGUUGUCUAUUUUGAUCUUUAAUAUUCUCCACUGAGAGACUAGUGUGACAGGUUCCAAGGGCAGAUAGCCCAUGGCAGGUUGUCAUUGUUACCCCCGCUUUAGUUGCAAUGCGAAUACUGAACUUAAGAAAUAAUGUAUUUCCUCUUCUCUAGGACCCUACCUAAAGAUUGCCAAAUGCUUCUGUUCUCUGCAACCUACGACGACGAGGUGAUGAAAUUUGCCAAGACAGUAGUACCAGAACCUAUCAUCAUUCGGCUACGUCGGGAAGAGGAGAGCCUGGACAAUAUCAAGCAGUACUAUGUGGUGUGUCGUGACAAAGAGGAUAAGUUCCAGGCCCUCUCCAACAUGUAUGGCGUUGUGUCUAUUGGACAGUGUAUCGUUUUCUGUCACGUAAGUGUUAAAAUAAAUUCCUUCCCUCCCCCUCCUUUUUCCUUUUGCCUUUCCCCUGAUUCCCAUUCAAAUCCUUCCUCGCCCCAGGAAACGACUGUAAAGCAUCUUAGAUUUCAGUUGCUGUUGGGGAAAUUUUUCGUAACCCCAGGAUGUUUUUACAUUUGUGUAUGCCUGUGUCAUUUCAGACUCGGAAGGCCGCCUCUUGGUUGGCAGAGAAGAUGACAGCAGAUGGUCAUUCAGUAGCGCUGUUGUCUGGCGAGAUCACAGUGGAACAGCGGCUAGCAGUAUUAAACAGAUUCCGCGAGGGCAAGGAGAAACUGCUGAUAACAACUAAUGUCAGUGCCAGAGGCAUCGAUGUGGAACAGGUAAGUACGCAAUGGCCACCAUUAGAAUCAAUGACCCACUCCCUAGUAUUAAAACAUGGAUUUUGGGUUCGUGCAUGACAAAAUCAUAAUAUGUAAUCAGAAAUCACAGUAAGGUACCAGAAUUUUAAACAGCAAUGAAAAAUGUAAAAAACAUAAAUCUUAUUGGAUAUAAAAUGGUAAGUAGGAGCCAAGUAAGAGUGCGGGUGGGUACUGUAUGUUACUCCAUGAAAAUUAGGGUAGGGAUGUAUGGUAUAUAAUAUGCUCCUUAACUUACCCUAUUUUAGACCAUAGUGAUUGGGCCAGUUUUCAAAUUUUGAUUCUAUGCCUGCCAAAACUACCAAAAGGUUAAUAUUUUCAGUGCUUCCUGAUGAAAUUAAUUUUAUUUGAUAUCCUCUUCGUAACUGCAUAGGAGCAUUUUUUUGUAUGGGUUAACACUUCAAGUCCCAAUGGUGACCAACAUCAAUUUUCUUCUAACAAUAUCCAUACAAUGUCAAGAGAUUAGGUUAUGAGAACUAGUAAAAUGAUCCCCAAAGAGAAAAUGUCUUGAUCCUUUCUCAAAUUCUCUCAACACAUUCUUGAAGGAAAUGUUUGGAGAAUUUGUAUGUGGAUAUUGCAGCUUAAAGGGUUCAGGCACUAGGUAAUGACUUGAGCACAUAAUUGAUCAAAAAGGGCAAUUCUCUUGUGACAUAGCCUUCCCCCCACUCCGCCCAAUUCCCUAGUGACGCCAGUGAGGCCUUAAGGCCUGUUUACAUGUAAACGUGAUCAAAUUAAAAUAAGAGAUUAUAUGGACAGAGGGGUUACCCCACCUAAGCGUGUUACCACACCUCCAUAUAAACAGGCCCUUAGUAAUAGCAUGUUGUUUUAUUUUUUGUCUUGUUUCUAUAGGUUACUGUCGUAAUAAAUUACGAUAUGCCAGUUGAGCCCACGGGUAAACCGGAUUUCGAAACAUACUUGCACAGGAGCGGCAGGACUGGCCGGUUUGGCAAGGGCGGCAUUGCCGUCAACUUCGUUGAUGGUCAGCGGUCAAUGUCGAUCAUGAAGAAAAUCGAAGAACAUUUUGGCAAGAAAAUAACGCUCUUGCAGGCUGAUGACGUGGAUGAACUUGAGAAACUGGGCAGCUAACUUGAAUCGCUAAAGUUAUGGAAAUAGAUAUGAGUUAUUUAACAAGGAGUGUUACACAAGGAAUAGUCAAGUGGCAGUUGGAUAAAUGUUUGCUUUUUUGUUUGAUGUUAGACCGAACAAUAUGAUAGCUCAAUCACAGUCUGGAACAGGAAAAACUGCAGCAUUUGUUUUGUCCAUGCUUAGCAGAGUAGAUGCAACAAAAAACUACCCUCAGGUAUUAUUUUGUUUUACUUCUUGUAUGUUCCUUCCUCCUGCACAACUUGUAAAAAAAAAGAAAAAAGAUUCGUUGAGGUACUUGCAAAGUGUGAAACUGUAAAAUAAGGUGUAAGCUUUAUGGCAUCAUUUUUGUGUCUCGCUUGUUUCACCCAACAGACGAAGAAAAAAAAGAAACUGCUUUUGGUCUACUGCCAAUAAUUGGUGUAAUUUGAAUGGUGAUUAGUCACACUGUACGAUUUUGUCUUAAGACUCAAAAGUAGAAACCACUUAAAAAUUCAAUCUUCCUCUCUAGUAGUGAAAGAGUUACAUCAGGAACAAACUUGAAGUGUUAGAUGAUGAAUUUGUUCACAUAAAGCUGAAUUGUUGGAAUGAACUGAUUUGUUGUACUUUUAUCAAGGUUAUCUGUAUUUCACCUACAUAUGAGCUUGCACUACAAACAGGACAAGUGGCAGAAAAGAUGGGCAAAUUCUGCCCUGAAGUCAAGAUUGGUUAUGCAGUGAGGGGGGAGAGAGGUGAGAAACUGGAGCCAAGAAAAAUAAUUAUGCGCAAGAGGGGUGUAAAUUUUGGAUUUUUUGUCUUACUUAGUAAGACAAAAAGUAAAAUGCCAAUAUUUUUAGCCUCUUAGGCUUAGGUCUUAUUUGGGGCUGUGGUCAAAAAAAGCUUGAGCUUUUCCUCAAUAAUGAGGAGGCCAAGGAGACCAAUUAUUGGUCUCCUUAAGGGGUUUGAUUCAAUGCUUGGUAUAAGCAUCAUUUUCUGUUUUAUUUUUAGUUUAAGAGUUCACUUGUCCACUUAUCCCCAGGCGAGCGGGGCGGGGGGGUGGGUGAGGGGUGCAUUUAGCAGCUUGCAAAGAAAGUAAUCAAAGAUAGCCCUGGGCUAUAAGUGGAGUUUGCUAUCUGGCUUGUAAAUGCUAGUCUUGACUUGUUCCAUGAGCAAGUAAAGUUUUAUGGGGAUUUGAUAAAAAUUUAUUACAGAGAAUUUUUUCCGUGCUAGUUGAAAUGACUUUGGGGCUAGCUACAGCUUACAUAAAUGGCAGGCUGUAAAGCCCGCUUUCUUUGCACCCUGGGUAAGGCCUAUAAAUAUGGCUUACCAUUGUUUUCAUUUUGUCGCUGAAGAAAAUGAUUAUUGUAUAUUCCAUAAACAGCCCUUUAAUGUUCUUAAUCGCCUCUCCUUCUCCUUUCUACAGUGUCAAGAGGUCAGAAAGUCACAGAUCACAUAAUUUUUGGUACACCCGGAACUCUGCUAGACUGGAUUCUGCGUAACCGAGUGCUGGACCCGAAAAAAAUAAAGAUGUUUGUGUUAGAUGAGGCUGAUGUCAUGAUAGCGUUACAGGGACACCAGGAUCAAUCCAUUAGAAUAUACAGGUAAGGCUUCUUCCCUUUUGUCACACUUACGGAUCAAACUGGCAAAAAAUCUCUGAUAUGUCCUUUUGAUGAGAUUAUAAAUAAUCAUAGUUUCUGGGAGAUUUGCUGCUGGCCAGCAGAUGAUCACCUUGGGCAUAUGCAUUUGUCUCAUUUCCACAGAGGUUUGCCCUCUGGUUUGCUUUGAAUAGCUUUACCGCUCUUUUCCCUUUUGUUUGCUUCCUUCCAACCACCCACCUCUUUGUUCCUUGGAAGGAACUCCAUUCGGUUAAGUUGUCUAUUUUGAUCUUUAAUAUUCUCCACUGAGAGACUAGUGUGACAGGUUCCAAGGGCAGAUAGCCCAUGGCAGGUUGUCAUUGUUACCCCCGCUUUAGUUGCAAUGCGAAUACUGAACUUAAGAAAUAAUGUAUUUCCUCUUCUCUAGGACCCUACCUAAAGAUUGCCAAAUGCUUCUGUUCUCUGCAACCUACGACGACGAGGUGAUGAAAUUUGCCAAGACAGUAGUACCAGAACCUAUCAUCAUUCGGCUACGUCGGGAAGAGGAGAGCCUGGACAAUAUCAAGCAGUACUAUGUGGUGUGUCGUGACAAAGAGGAUAAGUUCCAGGCCCUCUCCAACAUGUAUGGCGUUGUGUCUAUUGGACAGUGUAUCGUUUUCUGUCACGUAAGUGUUAAAAUAAAUUCCUUCCCUCCCCCUCCUUUUCCCUUUCACCUUUCCCCUGAUUCCCAUCCAAAUCCUUCCUCACCCCAGGAAACGACUGCAAAGCAGCUUAAAUUUUAGUUGCUGUUUGGGAAAUUUUUCGUAACCCCAGGAUGCUUUUACAUUUGUGUAUGCCUGUGUCAUUUCAGACUCGGAAGGCCGCCUCUUGGUUGGCAGAGAAGAUGACAGCGGAUGGUCAUUCAGUAGCGCUGUUGUCAGGCGAGAUCACAGUGGAACAGCGACUAGCAGUAUUAAACAGAUUCCGCGAUGGCAAGGAGAAACUGCUGAUAACAACUAAUGUCAGCGCCAGAGGCAUUGAUGUGGAACAGGUAAGUACGUAUUGGCCACCAUUAGAAUCAAUGACCCACCCC